CAGAGCGAGGGAGGACCAUGUAUGAAAAUGUCCCUGCAGUGUCCACAGCAGAUCGCCAGCAGGUCUUGGGGGCCCUGGAACGCCUGCAGGCCAAGCUUGUCCAGAGGGAGGAAUUGAGCCACAGCGAGAUCCUGGGGGCCUUUAGAGAGACCCUACAGAGCCCCCUGCUGGGCCACAUCCUCACCCUGCAACACUCCAUCAAACAGCUGAAAGACCAGCUGAGCAGUAUGCCAGCUGAUGCCUGCAGUGAUUACAGUUUCUCAAGGAGGGGUCAGCUGAUAGUGAGUGCCAGUCAGCCGGCGAGCAGCCUGGCCCUGUCCACCCAGUCCCACCUGUCUGCCAAUGGCUCCGCCCCCCUGUCCCCCGAGCAACUCCAGAGAUGGAUCCUCUCUGCAGCCAAGGGUCGACCAACGGACACUAUUGUACUAUCCAGGCCUGCCUCUGGUGGUCUGGGUUUCAGUGUUGUGGGUCUGAAGCCUGAGGGUCCGUCAGGUCAAGGAGUCUUCAUAACACACAUCCAGCCUGGAGGCCCGGCUCACAAGGACAGUCGUCUACAGGAAAGGGACCAGAUCCUGGUGAUUAAUGGCGUUCCUCUGGAGCCGGCAGCAGGCCAGCAGCAGGCGCUGGCUCUGCUGCAGCAGCCCGGCGACAAGGUGGAGCUGGUGGUGGCAAGGGACCGCUCACAUGCUCCAUCACCGCCAGUUACCACGCCCAUCAACAUGGAGUCCUGGGGCCACGUGGAGGAGAUGGAGCUGGUGAAUGAUGGAUCAGGUCUUGGUUUUGGCAUUGUGGGCGGGAGGGCCACGGGAGUAGUAGUUCGAACCCUUGUACCAAACAGCGUGGCCGACAAGGAUGGGCGUUUGCGGACAGGCGAUCACAUCCUUCGUAUCGGGUCGACGCCCACCAGCGGUCUGUCCAGUGAGCAGGUGGUGAAGGUUUUGCAGGCCUGUGGGAGUCGUGUGAACAUGCUCAUCGCCCGAGACCCCCGAGGAAAGGACCCUGCUCCCCUGCCUCCGCCCCCUCCCCCCUCUGCCCCUGUCACUGCCCUGCCCCCCUUGCCUCAGUCCAGAGUCAGCAGGAUGCCCAACCUGGAUGGUUAUGAGAUCCACGAGGUCUCUCUCACCAAGAAAGACGGUCAGAGUCUGGGAAUCUCCAUCAUCGGCCACAACGCCCUGACCAGCCAGGAUGCAGUAGGGGUGUUUGUCAAACAUGUGGUUUCCGGCAGUGCAGCAGACCAGAGCGGUAACAUCCGUGUCCAUGACAGACUGAUAGCGUUGGAUGGGGUCAGUCUUCAUGGAUUUACUAACCAAGAGGUUUUGGAGGUGAUGAAGCAGACGGGUCAGACUGUCCUCCUCACCCUGGUCCGCAAGAAGCCCACCAGAAUCCUGGAGAGGUCUUUAGAUAAAGUUGAAAGAGAGCCUUCUCGAGUCUCACUGAAGAGGUCAGUAGAGGUCAAGGCACGGUCAGCAGACCUCCAGAGGGCCUCAGUGAGCUCCUCCGUGGCCCCUACACUGGAACCAGUGCACACCAGCAGUAAAACACAGCCAGCUGGGGCUGUGGAAUUCUCAUCAGUGUUCGAGCUGAGGGCAAAAUGGGAACAAGCUCUGGGACCCCGGUACCAAGUCCUGGUGGUGGAGUUGGACCCGGUCAUUGAAGAUGAUGCAGAGCUCCAGAGAUACUCUAAGCUGCUGCCCAUCCACACCAUGCGUCUGGGGGUGGAGCUGGACUCUUUUGAUGGACACCACUACAUCUCCUCUGUGGCACCUGGGGGCCCCGUGGCAAAACAUGGCAUCCUCAGACCUGAGGAUGAACUGCUCGAAGUGAACGGGGUACAGCUGUACGGUAAAUCUCGGCGGGAGGCAGUUGCGUUCCUGAAAGAAGUGCCCCCGCCUUUUACUCUGGUGUGUUGUCGCCACCCGGCUCACUGCCAACCCGACCUGGACCAGGACCCAGAACCACAGCCCUGGACAGUACCCAGCCCUGCUGUGGAUGAGAUUGAGCUGAAACUUUCCUCCUUGCUGUCCAGUAAAUCAGGACUACGAGACGGCAGCACUGACCAGCAGCAAGAGGCCCCGCACGAGUCAUCAGAGGAGGUGCCAGCAGCCCCCAGCCAGGAGGAAGAGGAGGAGGAAAGGGAUGAAGAUGAGGAAGAGGAGGAGCUGGCAUUGUGGUCUCCAGAUGUUCAGGAGUUGGAGUUGGAGAAGGAGAGGGACAAAGGCCUGGGCUUCAGCAUCCUCGACUACCAGGACCCGGUGGACCCAGGCCGCUGUGUGAUGGUGAUCCGGUCUCUGGUUCCGGGCGGCGCUGCAGAGUGUCAUGGCGGUCUGCUCCCCGGGGACCAGCUGGUUUCAGUCAACCAUGAGCAGCUGGAUGGCCUGAGUCUGGCCCAGGCCGUGGACGUGCUGAAGGCCGCCCCGCCUGGCUCGGUCUGCCUGGGCAUCCGCAAGCCUCUGGUGGUCGAGGGAACAGAAGUGAGGGAACCCCAACUUAAUGAUGACCAGAGAGAGGAAAGUGGCCACGACAACCUGUCUUUCUGUGUUGCCACCACACCUCUGCCUGUUCCCAAGGGUUUUGGUGAUAACUCCAUCCUGCCAGAGGAGCUACAGCUGGAGGAACCCGAGCUCAUCCUGGACGGGGGUCUUCCUCGCUACACCCACCCUUUGACCUCCGACCUCCUAAGUACCGUCCCUGCCAACUCCCCCCUCCUCCCAGAGGAGGGCACAGAGAUGGCCGUGGAUGAUGAUGAUGAUGAAAAAAGGGAAGAAGUGCCAGAGAAGGAAGAGGAGGAGAGAGAGGAGCAGAUGGCAGGUUCUUACCCCAGGAAAGACCCUCCAUCCUGGGAGGAGUGGGAGCUCUCCCAGCUUGCUCCUCCUCUUUCAGCCUCCGGUGUGCCUGGAGCAACAGAGGAGUCUGAAGGAACAAAAGAGACUCAGAGACCAGAACCAGAACCAGAAGCCUCCAUGUCUAUUGGAACUGCAGAACACGGUGGAUCUGCAACAUUCUGGUCUUGCUCCAAAGACAGUGAGACCGACUCAGAGCUCACCCUGACUGAUACUGAUACAGAGUCCAUGCUGGUGAUUGGCACAGCAAGGAGGAAGAGGAGGAGCCACGGAGGAGCUGCUCCACCAAUCAGGGGAGGCCAAAGUGAUCUACCAGAGAGAGAGGAUGGAGAAGGAGAGGAGACCCCCGUCUUCAGCCACUGGGGACCGCCCCGCAGGGUGGAGGUGUGGCAGGAGGCAGGUCAGUCGCUGGGCAUCAGCAUCGUGGGCGGGCGCCACGUCAUAAAGCGUCUGCGAAAUGGGGAGGAGCUUAAAGGAAUCUUUAUUAAACAGGUUCUUCCUGACAGUCCUGCUGCACAGACACGCUGCCUGAAGACCGGAGACAAGAUCCUCCAGGUAUCAGGAGUUGACCUGCAGACUGCCAGUCAUGAGGAAGCGGUCCAAGCCAUCAAAUCAGCUCCCAGUCCAGUGGUCUUCAUUGUCCAGAGUCUGUCUGCAACGCCACGGCCUGUGUCGUUAACAGCACCCAGUUACAGCAAACACAAGGCAAAGAGGACAGCCCUGCUGAAAACCGCUGUAGCUCCGACCCCUGGGAGACGUCCCCCGCCCUACAGACCACCCAACCAAUCAGAGCAAGACCUUGACUCAGACCUGGAGCAGGCAAGAGAGCGGGUGUUGCAGAGGUAUGGCGAGCUGAGCGGGGAGUUGCUGUGUGUGGAGCUGGAGAAGGAGCGUCAGGGUCUGGGCCUCAGCCUGGCGGGAAACAGGGACCGCACCCGCCUCAGCAUCUUUGUGGUGGGGCUUCACCCCGGGGGGCCGGCAGCCCGCGACGGACGCAUCCGGGUGGGAGAUGAACUGCUUGAGAUAAACAGCCAGGUUCUGUAUGGGCGGAGUCACCAGAAUGCAUCGGCCAUCAUUAAGAGCGCCCCCUUCAAGGUGAAGAUCAUCCUGCUCAGAAAUGAAGAUGCUAUUAAUCAAAUGGCUGUACCCCCUUUCCCAAAUCCUCCCCCCGCCCUCAGCCAAACUGGCCCUGAGGUUCAGCUGCAUGCUGUGUCUCCAGUGCCAGUCGGGGUGUCAGCUCCGAGAGACGGCCCCGCGCCUCCGGACAGUCUGGCCCUCAGAAGCCCCUCCCCGGAGACCCUGCCCACCUCCAAGGCCAGACCGCCAGAGGAACACAGCAGUGAGGCAGCAGAGCGAGCUGGCCAACACAGCAGCGGGAGCCCCAAGAGCACGGGGGAGACCGACCGCAGCGCCUCGAAGUCCAGUACAAAGACCCCAGGCCCAGUAGACAGAGUGGCGUCCCCCUCCUCUCUCACCAGCCCUGACCUGCAGACUGUCAGUAAAGAUCCAGCAUGCUGCCCGAUCGUCCCGGGUCAGGAGACGGUGAUAGAGAUCUCCAAAGGACGCUCAGGGCUCGGACUCAGCAUUGUGGGGGGUAGAGACACCCAGCUGGAUGCUAUAGUGAUCCAUGAGGUGUAUGAGGAGGGGGCAGCAGCCAGAGAUGGAAGGCUCUGGGCAGGAGACCAGAUACUGGAGGUGAACGGUGUGGACCUGCGUGGCGCUGCUCAUGAGGAUGCCAUCUGUGCCCUGCGGCAGACGCCUGCCAAGGUCCGACUGACGGUUUUAAGAGAUGAAGCCCAGUACAGAGAUGAGGAGAACCUGGACGUAUUUAAGGUGGAACUACAGAAAAAGAGUGGAAGAGGACUGGGACUCAGUAUUGUAGGGAAGAGGAGUGGGAGUGGGGUGUUUAUUUCUGAUGUGGUCAGAGGAGGAGCCGCUGAGCUGGAUGGUCGUCUGAUGCAGGGAGAUCAGAUUCUGUCCGUCAAAGGCGACAACAUGAGACACGCCUCCCAGGAGACUGUGGCCGCCAUACUCAAGUGUGCCAGGGGCCCAGUGUUGUUGGAACUGGGCCGGCUCAAGGCCGCAUCCUGGAUCUCCUCUAGACGCAUCUCCCAGGGAAGCCAGAUGAGUCAUGUGAUCAGUAACAGUUCCAGCACUGCGGUCCAGCCCCUCCCCCACCCCGUCACAUCUGCACCCACGACCUCCAUCUUGCCGACCCCUGACCUCCAGACGCUACACAAUGACAGUAGUGAGAACACCGCCUCCCCCAAUGACACAGGGCUAGAUGCUGGUGUGCGUACUGUGGAGAUCACACGGGGGCCCUCUGAUGCCCUGGGGGUGAGUAUUGCAGGGGGGAGGGGCAGUCCUUUGGGAGACGUCCCCAUCUUCAUUGCCAUGAUCCAGGCCAAUGGAGUCGCAGCCAAAACACACCAACUGAAGGUCGGGGAUAGGAUAGUCAGUAUAAACAGCAGAUCUGUAGAUGGUUUGACACACACAGAAGUCGUCAACAUCCUGAAGAACUCCUAUGGUGCCAUCAGUCUCCAGGUGGUAGCAGACACUAACAUCAGCGCCAUAGCGGCUCAGGUGGAGAGUUUGUCUACCAGCUCCAGUCCACCUGCAGACAGCCACACUGAACCUGAGGCUCCCCGGCCCCGCAGUAUCUGUCUGGAGAAAGGCUCUGAGGGUUUGGGCUUCAGCAUAGUGGGAGGCUUCGGGAGUCCACAUGGGGACCUGCCCAUCUACGUCAAGACUGUCUUCAGCAAGGGGGCUGCGGCGGUGGACGGGCGUCUGAAGCGGGGUGAUCAGAUCCUGGCUGUGAAUGGAGAGAGUCUGGAGGGCGCCACGCACGACCAGGCCGUCGCCAUCCUCAAAAAACAGAAAGGAACAGUCACGCUGGAUGUCUUGUCCUAACACACAUGCACACACGGGGCCACACACCCACAGAGGUCCACACAUGUACACAAACAGACAUGCACAGACUAGUAACAGACAAACGCACACCUACACACUAACACAGACACCAGUACACCCCAUCUCACCCACUUAUAUGUAACACAUAGAUACACACACACACAUGAACUCAGUUACAAUUUGGGUGCACAGAAAUAUACACAACAUGAACACACACAACCACAUAUAUAUCAAUAAAGAAGUUACAUAGAGAAUAUUUACUAACACACACACACACACA